AUGUCUUAUUUGGACAAGGAAUCUAUUCUUGCCCUAGGGCAGAUCGACCCUGAAUUCAAAGCGUUCGUGGACUCUGCGAAUCUCCCUCCCGUAAACUAUGACGAUAUCGAUGAAUUCAAGGCAAUUGUCACGAAGCGCAACGCGACUGCUAUUGAAGCGCUGGGCCUCCCACCUCCCGAAAUCAAACAGAGUGAACUUGAAUAUCCGACACGCGACGGCGCCCACCUCCGCGCAAAAUUGUACCAACCAACGAACCCCCCGAAAGACGGGAGCCCAUUGAUUGUCCUAUUCCACGGAGGUGGCUUCUGCUUCGGUGCCCCAGAAGGAGAGGAACAGACUGCCCGAAACUUCGUCCAGGCCUUUGGUGCAACUUGUAUCUCUGCUUCCUACCGACUGGGGCCCGAGUUCAAAUUCCCAUACGCUGCGAAGGAUGGGUGGGACUGUUUGAAAUGGGCUGCUGCCAACGCAAAGUCUUGGGGAGCUGACCCUUAUGUUGGCUUCGUAGUUGGAGGCACCUCGGCGGGUGGGAACAUCUCUGCAGUUUUGGCGCACGUCGCCCGCGAUGAAAAGUUAUCGCCCCCUUUGACGGGACAGUACCUCGCCAUUCCUGCUCUGUUGACGGAGAAGAAGGUGCCAGAGAAGUAUCGUCCAUAUUAUCUGUCCUAUGAACAGAACAAAAACGCGCCUGUUCUUCCAGUCGCCGCGAUCGACAUGUUUAUGAGAGGCUACCAACCUGACGAGGAUGAUGGCGUGUGGUACGUGCCCUUCAACCAUCCAAAGGGCCACAAGGGCUUGCCGCCAGCGUUCUUCCAAAUCGACGGCCUGGACCCGUUGCGAGAUGACGCCAUCAUAUAUGAGCGUGUUCUUCGAGAGGAAAACGGGAUCCAAACCAAAUCGUUUAUAUAUCCUGGGCUUCCCCAUGGUCAUUGGGCAUUUUUCCCGUUCUUGAAGAGCAGUGAGAAGUUUCGAAAAGAGCAAGUCGAAGGCUUGGGCUGGCUUCUCGGAAGGAAACCCGACUUCAGUAAGGUCGUCCUCAAGGCUGCGGCUGGUGGGGCGUGA